AUGGACGAUCUCGACGCGUCUUCCCCGGAGGUUAUGCGAACCUUUUAUCGAAGGUUAUACCCCUUCAAAUCCAUAUUCAACUGGUUAAAUCAUCAACCCGUUCCUACUCGACUUUUUACCCAUCGUGAAUUCUCUUUCACGCUCCCCCAAGACGUAUACUUGCGUUACAAUUCCUUCAACACCGUGGAAGACCUAAAGAAACAAGUAUGCUUGUUGGCACCAACACGCUUCGAGAUAGGACCUGUAUAUACUGCCAGGCCCAAGGAUAAGAAAACCGUUCGCCCAGGAGCUUUCAAACCCUUACAGCGCGAGCUGGUGUUUGACAUUGAUAUGACCGAUUAUGACUCUAUCCGUACCUGCUGUAAAGAUGCGGCGAUAUGUAAACGUUGCUGGGGAUUCAUUGCUGCGGCCGUGCGUGUCUUGGAUACCUCGAUUCGCGAUCAGUUUGGGUACCAGCACCUCUUGUGGGUGUAUUCUGGUCGGCGCGGAAUUCAUCUAUGGAUAUCGGACAAGGAGGCACUGAGCCUUACGGAUGAGCAACGUAGGGCUUUGGUUAAUUGGAUGAUGGCUGUCCAACCAGGAAAGGGAAAGGAGGUUGGCAAGGUCAUUGCACGAUCGGGGACGAAGCCACUCCCCCCUUGCUUACAGUUUGCAUUGUCUGAACUCGCCGAAGUUUUCAGCGACAUCAUACUCAACGAUCAAGAUUGUUUUGGAUCGGAGGAAGGCUAUGACGCCCUUUUGCACUUGAUUCCCGAUUCCAAGGUAGCCGAGAAUCUUCGUGAAAAGUGGUCUACUGGUCCAUAUCGAACUUCGGAAGAUAAAUGGUCUGAUUUAAAGAACCAAAUCAAGAAGUAUCCGAAAGGAACAUCUCAACGACCAAUUCUUACCUCUGCAAUGGAAGACAUCAUUCUUUUAUAUACAUAUCCUCGCCUUGAUGCGGAAGUAUCCAAGCAUCGAAACCAUUUACUGAAAGCGCCAUUCUGUGUGCACCCCAAAACUGGACGCGUUUGCGUCCCAGUUGAUCCAUCACUUAUCGACGAUUUCGACCCGGAGAUGGUCCCCACGGUCGGCCAACUCCUGAGAGAACUGGACGCUGCAGGCAGUCAGAACGAAAACGGAAUGGAGCACCAUUCAGAUUGGGAAAGCACCUCCUUGAAACCAUACGUUGAUAUUAUCACCAAGCACGCACAAAGUCUCAUGGAAGACGUUCGGAGGGGAAAGCGUGAAACGGACACAACAACAUGGUAG